GAAUCAUUCUCAUUUCAAAUCGAUUCACACACAUAGCAGACGCUAACACAUCAAGCGUCAUCAAUAGCGUGGUCUAUGGUGCAAUGCUAUCACUGGAGUAAGGCGUUUAUCUUCUAUUCGGGUAGCGUCAUGAUUGGCCUACCCUGAUGGCGUCAUGAUCGCUGCUGAUUGCCUUUCAAAUAGGUUUUCAGCAUUCUGCUUACACCUUUGGCAUAGAGUCACAUAUUUCACAAUCCAACAUCAAUUGGUACCAACAGCAGCCCUUCUCUCCAUCAUCCAGAAGGGUCUGAGAUCAGUGUUGGAGAUGAUGGUUCGGAACAACCCAUGGAAAGCUUAUCACUCAUUGAUGCUGUGAUGCCUGAUGUUGUUGCAAGUCGUCAACAGCAAACCCAGAACAAACAGAAACCACAAGUGGUAAAGACAGAACCACCAAAUUCCAAUGGAGAUGAACCCAUGCAUUCCAAUCGCUGGGAAGAGGAAACAGGAGUAGAGAUACCUGCCAGCAAAUCUACUGUACUUCGUGGCCAUGAAUCUGAAGUUUUCAUCUGUCUGCGCCUGAACCCAACAACAUUCAGAAGGGUGGAACUGAAGUUCCGAGCAACAAAGAUGUCACCUCACUUGACUGGUAUUUGCUGGGAUAACUGAACAGAAGUUUUAAAGAAAGACUGAAACAAUUGAC